AGGACCGGAGGACCGGAGGACCGGAGGACCAUCCCUGGGGUGUUUGGCGAAAACCUGCAUCCUCCGUGUUUCCUCGUGGAUCUCAGCUGUCAAUCAAACCUCCCACUGAUAAAAGCGGAGCCAGCUGUGUGACCAGCAUCAGUCCGCCUCACCUCAUCGGACACUCAACUUUCUCUGACUCUCCUUGGAUCCACAGUCACCACGGCCGUGAAAAAGAUGCCGUUCAUCGAACACGUAUCGGACGCGGACCUGGAGCGCGUGGCCCUGGUGCGCGUCGUGCCGUCGCUCCUGACGCACGGCUUCUGCUGCGUGGACGGGCUGCUGGGGGAGCUGACCGGCGGCAUCGUGCUGGAGCAGGUGAAGGACAUGCACUGCUCCGGGAUGCUGCAGGACGGCCGGCUGGCGGGCUCCGUCCCGGGCGUCCACCGGAAGAGCAUCCGCGGGGAUAAAAUCGCGUGGGUGAGCGGCACGGAACGCGGCUGUGAGGCCAUCAGCUUCCUGUUGGACCUGAUCGACCGGCUCGUGUCCGUGUGCGCGAGCCGACUGGGGACCAAGGCGAUCCGGGAGAGGUCAAAGGCCAUGGUGGCUUGUUACCCUGGAAACGGCGCUGGUUACGUCAAACAUGUCGACAACCCGAAUGGUGAUGGACGCUGCAUCACCUGCAUCUACUACCUCAACAAGAACUGGAACCCCACGGAACACGGUGGCAUCCUCCGGAUCUUCCCCGAAGGAAAACCGUAUGUGGCCGACAUCAAACCGCUGUUCGACCGCCUGCUGUUGUUCUGGUCCGACCGCCGCAACCCCCAUGAGGUGCAGCCGUCCUACGCCACCAGAUAUGCCAUCACAGUCUGGUAUUUCGACUCUGAGGAAAGAGCUGAAGCCAAGAGACGCUUCAAGAACCUGACAGCGUCCAAUCAGAGCGGCUCCUCCAGCUGAUCGCCAGGACACGGCGCCCCCUGGUGUUUGAUUUGAGUCCGACCGCUCCUGAAAAAGACUGAAACGAUCAGGAUUGGAUAAAAACCUGACCAACAGACUCGUUUCUGUGGAGACGAAGGAUGACUGGAUCCUGGACCUGGAGCCGAUCUGGACUUUACUGAUCCUGAAGAAACCGGAUCGAGACGAAACAGUCUGAGUUUACAGAAGGACGCGAGAACGUUUCCAUCAGGGACUGAGAUAAAAGUUAUUUAUUGAGAUUUUGUUUGAUGGAAAUGUUAAAGAGAUGGAUGCUCUGACAUUCUGGACCAAUAAUGAUGUGGUUUCAGGUUUUUAUUGUAGUUUAUUUCCUGUAUUGUGUUGAAGAAACAGAAAUAUAUAAAAAAGAGUUUAUAAAGCCUUUAUCAGAUGAACAUAAUCUAUGAAAUGACCUCAGAUUAGCUGAUUUCUGUGCAUUCAUAAAAAAAAAAAAAAAAAAAAAAAAAACUCAUUCUCAUUAGCUGAAUCAUUAUUUAUCCUAUUUUUAUUUGGAUUAUAAUAAAGUCACCUUGAAUUCUACGGAAAAACAACUGAAUAAGGAUGGAAUACAAUAAUAGUCUUAAUAGUUGGAUUUUAAUAUAGUAGUUGAAUUGUAAUAUUUCAAGAAAAACAGGCAAAAUACAAUAAAAAAAAAAUCAAUCUAAAUAUAUCUAAAAUACAGGUAAAAGUAGAUAACAGUCUUAAUAAAAUCAUGCUGUUACAGCAAAAAUGUUAAUAUUAUGGAAAUGAAAUGGUAACUUUUCAAGAAUAAAACUGCAACAUUUCAGGAAUAUUGAAAUAUUUUAAGAAAAAGACAAAACUACAGGAAAAACAGACAAAUAUUUUAUUAUAUUUCAAGUUAUGUCUCAUUGAAGUGAUUUUUCUGAAAAAAAAAAAAAAAAAAAAGAAACAUCUUCAUUAAAGUUUUAUUUUUUUCUGGAAAAAUGACACAAAAUGUUGCUUCAUCACAAAAAGUAUAACUCCACAUCUUUAAAUGACUUUACAUUUAUUUUCUGUUUGAAAAUUGUCAGAGUUGAAUUAUCAUUUAUCCUAUUUGUAUUUGUACUAAAGUGUUAAAGACCGACUGAACUGUGGAUUUAUGACAAAGCCUUUAAAGUUUACUUUAAAAUAACUAAAUGUUGGAUUAUCGUCUGUUCAUGGAGUUCCAUCAGAGACGAUGAAUCAGAAAAUGAACAGAUGUAGUGACUGUAAUUCACUCACAGUUUUAGUUUGUGUGUGAUAUUAGGAGCAAACAAUGAUUUAUUACAAGAAUAUAGUCAUACAUAGCAAAGAAAAAGUCAUAAUGUUUAGAAGAAAGAAGUUUUAAAAAUGGUUUACAGUAUUAUGAAAAAAGUUGUGAUAUUUACAAGAUGAUCAAAACCUUCAUGGAAAAAUAAUAAUACAAGAGAAAACUUGUAUUUUUCAGAAUAAAACUGUAAUAUUUUUUAAAAGAUGGAAUACAACAAUAAAGACUUAAUAAUUUGAGAAUAAAAAUGAUACAAUGUUAUAAGAAUGGAGUUAAAAUACAGUUAAAAUAGAAAAGUCAUUAUAAAAUUAUGCAUUUACGACAAACUGUCAAUAUGAUGGAAAAGUAGUUCUGUCAAGAAUAGAAUUGUAAUAUUUUCACAACAAAAAUUUUUGAUGAAAUAAAGGCGAAACUAUGGGAAAAACAGACGACUGUUUUAUUUUAUUUUAUUCAAGUUGUGUCUUGUGACUUUCUUAGACUUUUAUAAAGAAAAUAAAAUGUUUCCAUGUUUAAAGCUUUUGUUUUUCCUGAAAAAAUAAGACAAAAUGUUUCUUUAUCCUGAUGAAAUGCAGAUCGACUGUAAAACUCUUUUUAAAAAAAUGUCUUUAAAUGACUUUUCAUUUAUUUUUCUGUGCCUGUUGAGCUGAUGUGAAGUUCAGACGUUGACUUUAACUUCUAAUUAAACCAUGAAAAUAAAAUUGA